GGAAAAUUGUGUACUGGUAAAAAGGUUAUGCUGUGUUUGGUUAACCACUGAUAAUUUGUAGGAUUUAAGCAUUUGUUAAAAUGGAUAAUGCUUGUUUUGUUGGAUGUUUAAAACAGCAUAAAACCACCAGUCUGGUGGGCACAUUUUUAAGGGGGGCUUGACUGAUAACUUCUGUGACAAGAUGUUGGAACCAGCCCAGAUAAAACUGGAACCAGCUGAUAUAAAACAGGAACCAUUUCCAGAUAGCACAACAGGGAACUCUCCCAAGAAGAAAGCUGGACGGCCGAAGAAGUUGAAACAGGAGAAGAUAACUGAUCAUGUGACUGUAAAAAAGAAGAGAAAAGUGGACAGGUUUAAAGGCAUGCCGGAAGAAGAAGUGAUCACAAGACUGUUGCCAGAUCAUCUUGCUCCUAACCUUGACAUUGUCAUUGUUGGUAUAAACCCAGGACUUUAUGCAGCUUUUGUUGGACAUCACUAUGCAGGACCUGGAAAUCAUUUCUGGAAAUGUAUGUACCUGUCAGGUCUGAUACCAGAGCCUAUGACAGCCAUGCAAGAUUUCAAACUACUAGACUAUGGUAUAGGCUUUACAAACAUUGUAGCGAGAACAACUAGAGGUAGUGCAGAUCUCACAAGAAAAGAGAUCAAAGAAGGAGCCCAGAUUUUGACAGAGAAAUUACUCAAGUACAAGCCUAAAAUAGCUGUCUUCAAUGGGAAAGGUAUAUACGAAGUGUUUGUUGGUCAUAAGAACUUCCACUUUGGGAAACAGCCAGAUCUCUUGCCAGGCACAGAAACUGCUGUGUAUGUGAUGCCAUCAUCUAGUGCAAGAUGCAGUCAGUUACCAAGAGCAGUUGAUAAAGUACCAUUCUAUGAGGCUUUGAAAAAAUUUAGGGACCAUUUGAAAGGGAAUCUACCAGAUCUUAAAGAAUCUGAAAUAACAUUUGAAGAUGUGGUCCUAAAGACUGCUGUUAAGAAAGAAGUGAAACAGGAGGGUGAGGAUCAGUAUCCAGGGGAGAUGGGAACCAUGCUUCCAGGAACCCAGAUCCCAGGUAGUAUGGGAGAUAUGUCACUCACAGGGGACCAGCAGCUAGCUCAGUUUAUGUCUGGUUCCUACCAAGUUAUACCACAUAGUGUUCAAAGCUCUAGUUCUCAGGGAAUGAUAAACCAGUCUAGUCCAGUGUGCAUUUCUAAUGCUGGUACCAGUCCUGGGGUAUCUUCUACAUUACAAACUGUACAAGUGAAACAGGAACCAGUUGAUUCUGACUGUCCAUCAACAAGUUGCCAGGCAACAACCAGUCAGUCAGAAACUAUUUCCAUUGGCCAGUUGGAAGUUUACAACCAAUCACAAAGUACUUCACAAAGUGACAGUCAUUUAAAUAACUUUUUGAAUGGUUUGUAUGGUAUGGUUAACCAGGUUGCAGGUAGCAGCCAGGCUGAUUCCAGAUAUGGUGUUGUAAAUCAUGCACUGCCAGGUAUAACUACAAAUGGACCAGUCCAAUUCAAUGAUGCAUUACGUGACAUUGUUCGAGAAAGUACCACAGAUGAUAUUGAACCUUCUACAAGUUUAGAAGUUUUAGAGAAACCUUCUACUAGUCAGCAAUCUCAGGGAAAGACAGCAAAAUCCAGCAAACCAAGAAAAAGAAAAUCAAAAUCUAUUGAGGAAUCUCCUGCCAUGUCUCCACCGGCCACUUUUGUCCCGCCCCAUGAACAGCAUUAUAAUCAUCACUCUUCAUCGCCUCCAGGAAAUCAGCAGAAUUCAUUCCAGUCAUUUCAUCCGGUUCCCCCAUUCACAAGUCACAUGCCUCAUCCAAACAUGCCUGGACCGGGAUACAGCAAUGCCUACAUGUCUCAAAUGCAAGGGCAGUAUAAUCCACACAUGGCAUACAACUACAUGCAAUCUCAGCACAGCUUUACACAGAUGAUGAAUAGUGGAGAACACUUUAUGGGAAUGCCUUCCCAUGGAAAUACACAAAAUUUUCCACAGCAACAUAUCAGCAAUGGAUUUCAAGGCCAGUAUCCAAACAUUGAGGGGCAGCAGCCCAACGGGUUUAAUCCUAACAUGCCUAUUAAGCAAGAAAAAACAGACAAUUGAAUUUUGUCGUUUGUGUUUUGUCGGUAAAGUUUUGUUAGCAUACUCUUUUUCUUCUGUCUUAGUUUUUUAGUUGGAACAAUUCAGUAGUUUUGAUAUCUGUUUAUAAAGUUUCAUUUUGAUGAUAUUACUUUUUAUCAUAUUAUAAGACAUUAAAAAUAGCAUAUACAUAAGCAUUAUUAAUCAAACUAGAAACAUAAUUUUGUUUUUUCGACUUAGUGUAUGUCAUAAGUACGAAGAAACUUUUUAUACAAGGUAAGUCAGUUCAGAUCUAAGCCAUCCUUUUAUAUUAAGUAGCCUUGGAGUACAGUCACCGUUCAAGAUGCAUGUAUGUGGACUUGCCAUGAAUAUUUGUCUCCAGCUAUUAAUAUAUAGUCGCAGGCGACAUUCCAUUUUCGAUAAAUUUUAGCUAUUAUUAGACAAGUUUUGUUGAUGCAAAUUAUUGUGUAGAUAUCAUUUUAUGUAGUAACUUAUUGAACUUGGUAGUUGUGAGGACAUGUACAAUUCUGAGGGCUGUCUUGUUUGAAUAUAUGCAGUUAAUUGCCAGCUACAGCUUCGAAGGGUUUUACGUUGAAUCUGAAGAUCAAAGCUUAAUCAUUUAUACUGUGAAAUCAUUUAACCUUUACUGUGCUAAAUUUCUAAAAUGGACUGGUCUGUCAUUCAAUUUGGGCAGUUCCAUUUAAUUUUUGGAGGGAUGUUCACUGAAAAUAUACUGACAGAAUAGCAAACAAUGCAGACCAUGAUCUUGGUCUGCAGUGCUGGUAAAGGCAAAAUCACCCGCCACCAGCAGACUAAAGGUUCAUUUUAUAAGCAUUGAAUUUUUUGAAUUUCUAUUUGUAAUGGAUUUACAUAUGUGGAUUUCAACUUGUGAAAGUAAAAGGAACAUGAUUUUUUUAUGUUCAUUGAGAUUAAUUUUGCAGAUUGAUGCAGCCAAGAAAUCCACAAAAAGUAGUCCCCCACUAAUAAUAAUGAUUUCACAUCAUUCAUGUGGAACUAUUUUUCAUUGAAUUUGUUAGAGCUGAAACCACAAAAUGUUAUGCCAACAAAAUAAAAUUAUUUAACGUUUAGCCUGCAGUCUGAUCAUGGUCUGCAUUGUGCGCCAUUCCGACAGUAUCUUUUUUGGUAAGCACGCCUUGGUAACAAAUGGUAUUGCCCAAAUUGAAAGAUGGUUCAGUCCAUUAUAGAAAUUUAGCAGACUAAGGGUUAACAGUAUUCUGAUUAAAGAUUUAUCAUUGAUAGAUUGUAACAUAUUUCUUUAGGAACUUGUCUGAGCUGUACUAAACUGCAUUCAGUUCAAAUGUGUUAAUGAUGUUUUCAUGCAAUUCUAAUCUUAACUAAUUUUGUCUUGAAAGUCACAGUGUAUUUUGAAGGGACUAUAAUCAGUUGAUUUAUGACUUUUGUCAUGUUGCACUUUUAAAGGGACAUUUUAGGCGAAAAAUAAUAUUUCUCAAAAAAAAGUCCAUAUAAAGUGAGUACUCUAAAAGUGACUAGUGGUACAAACAUAUUGUAUUGACAUAAGAUGGUUGCAAGAUAUUUUUAUUAAUAUCCAAAAAUAUUGUGCAGAAGGCAGUAAACCGUUGCAAUACUUUUGAAAUGAUGCAGAAAAUUUAAAUUCUUGUAUUUUAAGCAAUAUUUAACUUUUAUUUUUACCCACUUUAUCAUUUUUCAGUAUCAUAUAUACAUUCUAUGUUAAACUUGGUAGAAAGUGAAAUGUUGGAAAAUUUCACCUAAACUUGGGGUGAGUAGAUUUAAAGUGCCAUGGCUUGAAUAGGGGUACAGUGGACACAUCUGUGGUUAUUUUGUCCUAGGGAGUUCAUACCAAAGCAUUAAAACUACAAGCAUAUUUUCCAAUAAGGUUGACCCUCUGUUAUUGAUAAGCAUUUGUAUAUAGGUGUAAAUGAGAGAGAAAGUCUGUUAAUGGGAGUUCUGCUUUCUGUAUUCAUUACAACAUAUCAAGGUUGUGACAAUUUUCAAAUGCUUUGUUUGGUAUAAUGAUGAUUUUCAAAUUUUUUACUGGUAGUUGUUUGGCAUUGUUAGAAUGCAAAGGAUAAUGAAAAUGUUAUUUAUAGACAGUAGUCAUUCCUUGUGUCUUGGUCAGUGUUUAAGAAUUGAUUGUUGUCAUAAAGUUACCACCUGGAGAUGAAAUAUUUUCGGCUGUUAAAAUGUGUAUGGAGGUCAAAGGCCUUCACGCAUACUUAAAACGGCGGAAAGUAUUUUUAUAUCAAGCUGGGAACUACAUACAUUGAGUAAAAUUAUUUUGAAGUUAUAGUUUAAUUUAAUUUAAAGAUUAAAAUGAUCAGUGUUGUAAUAUGGCUUUUGUAUGAUUUUUAGGUAAUUGUUUUAUAUACAUGUUUUUAGAUUUCAUUUAGUUAGUCUAUACAUUUUAUAUUAUCUAUAGCUUUGAUUUUGUAGAAGUUGUUAGUGGAUCAGUUGUUAAAGGUUCUUUGAUGUUAAAUGGCUUAGCACUCUUUAAAUGGCCAUGAAUUUGGAUGAAUUAUGGGAUCAUCGGCAAGCGUGUGGUGUCCACAGAAGUUGUCCACUCUCUUACUUCUGCAGUUCUUAUCCUAUGGUCGCAGCUUUUAUGGGCAUAGUAUCAUGGCCAAGUUCAAUAGCCAGCUAGUUCCUUCAAGUCGCUUUGGAGUUAUAGUCAAAAUUGUUAAUAUUGAAAGUGUCUGCUUAACAUCUUGAACAUUUCUCAUCCAGUAUUGACCAAACUUGGUCAGAAUGUUACUGGGUGUUCGAUAACCUCCUGGAUAGUGAGUUAUAGCCCUUUAAGGCCUCAAAUUUCUGAAAGUCGUACACUGAUAUAUAUGAAUAUUUUCAGAAUUUGUGUCUCUGUUAAAUCAAGGUCACGUUCAAUAACCAGCCAGAUUGCAUUAGUAUAUUCAGGAUUUGAAUAUGAUCCUUGAUAUCAAAAUAUUGAUAUUGGUAGUGUCCGGCUGUCUGCAUAAUAAUUUUUUCUUUGAUCUCAACCAUUCUUCUACAGACUGUGUUGCUCUAUAAAAUAUUCACAGAGUUAUGGCCCUAGAUUAGUCACAAUUGCGAAAGAUGAGUAAACUCGAAACUCAUUUGCAAUGAUUGGUGUAUUUGGUGAUAGUUUGGCACUCAGUUUUCAAUGAUGGGCUUAGAAUUUCAAAAGAUUGUCAGUAGUGUUGGACACUCCAUCAACAAGCUAAUGCUUUUGAGUAUCUGUCAAAGUAAGUGCCUACGGGUUGAAGUUUGAACAAAAAUGAUUGAUAACAAUUGGCUCAAAUAACAGUUUACAGCCUGCACGGUUAGUUAAGUAAAUAGGGCAGAAGUCUGAAUUAAGAGGUAGCAACUGCGAUCCUAGGGUAUGGGGUACGUUCUCCAUUAAAAUUUGACAGAAGAAAGUGUUUAUGGAGUGGUAAGCCUUACAUUUCUAAGUCUUGUGUACAAGUAAGUACUAGUUCAGACUCUAUAAUUAUUACUAAUAGGUUAACUGACCUAUGUUGUGUAACACUUAAAAUAUCAAACAAAGAAAUGAAAUAUUAUAGUUUGAGCCUUGAAAAUGUUAGUUUUAGUAGUUUUAGAGAUAAAUGUGCAUUGAUUACUGUAUGUUAAUACGGGUUCAUUCAGAGCAUUAAUUUGCUAUUGCAAGUUUUUAAUUUUAUUUAUUAACUAUAUAAUAUUACAACUUGAUUUAUUUUAAAUUGAGAUGGUGCUAAAACACUAUAACAAAUUUUUUUACUGCCAUAUCGUGCAUUUUAGUUUUGAAUGUUUUUGUUUAGACUGAAUGGAUUUUUAAUUGGUUUACAACUCCUGUACAUAAAUUUUCUUUUUUGUGAGAAUUGGUUUUGUUCAGAUAUUUUAGUUAUAUUGAAAAAAGUUUGAUAUGAUCUUACAUUUAAAUGAUAUUGGAAAUAUAUAUAUUAGCGAUU